GGAACUCCUAGAGGGCGCUCGACCGAGGUGGGCGGCACGGCAGGGACCCCGGGGGACUGGCCGGUCUCAGGGGCCCCACGACCGGCUUUCCUGGGUCACCGCCGCAGGCAGGCGGGCCCACCGAGCUCCAGGAGGAGGACGACCCUGAGGACUCCGAUGAAGAACGGGCUCCCGAGGCAGCACGGAAGAAUCGCCAGAUUUUGGAAAUACUUACCAACCAAAACACUGAUUUCUCAUCAUCUUUCAGUGAAACCUUGGGUGGCCUUCAGAGAGGAACAGAGUAAACACCAAAAGACUUUAAGAAUCUAUCUGAAUUAACUCGAACAUUACAACAACCCUAUGAGAACUGAGGAGAAAGGAGAUGGAUAUGAAGAGGUACAGCCUACAAGAAAGAAAGGACUGUGUGUACCAAGAGGUCAACGAGCCCCAGGAUGAUGACUACCUUUACUGUGAGAAGUGUCAGAACUUCUUCAUCAACAGCUGUGCGGUGCAUGGACCCCCUACAUUUGUAAAGGACAGUGCAAUGGACAAGGGGCAUCCCCACCGCUCAGCCCUCACCCUGCCCCCUGGAUUGAGAAUCGGGCCCUCGGGCAUCCCUGAGGCUGGGCUUGGAGUGUGGAAUGAGGCAGCAGACUUGCCAGUGGGUCUGCACUUUGGCCCUUAUGAAGGACACAUCACAGAAGAUGAAGAGGCAGCUAAGAGCAGAUACUCCUGGCUGAUCACCGAAGGGAGACAUUGCUACGAGUAUGUGGAUGGAAAGGACAGAUCCUGGGCCAACUGGAUGAGGUAUGUGAACUGUGCCCGGGAUGAUGAAGAACAGAACCUGGUGGCCUUUCAAUACCAUGGGCAGAUUUUCUACCGAACCUGCCGGGUCAUCAGGCCAGGCUGUGAGCUGCUGGUCUGGUUCGGGGACGAGUAUGGCCAGGAGCUGGGCAGCAAGUGGGGCAGCAAGUGGAAGAGAGAGCUCAUGGCUGGGACAGCAGAACCAAAGCCAGAGGUCCACCCAUGUCCCUCCUGCUCUCUGGCCUUCUCCAGUCAGAAAUUCCUCAGCCGACAUGUGAAACUCAAUCAUCCCUGUCAGAUUCACCCCGGAGCAUCUGCAAGAAAACACCUCCAAGCAGAGGACCCCUGUCCAGAGGAUCAGAAUCAGCAGCAGCAACAACGUACUCAUACACACAGCUGGAAUGAUAAAGCUGAAGGUCAAGAGGUCAAAGAAAGGUCCAAACUUUUGCUUAAAAGGGUCAGUCAGAGGAGAAUCUCAAGACCCUUCUUCCAAACUUCCAAAGAACAAAUGAGGAGCUCUAGUAAGCAUGAGAGAAUGAUGGAGGACAAGCCCCGUAAAGGCCAGAAGGAGAGUCCAGAGGACACAGGCAAGUUAUUUGUGAAUGUAGGAAUGUCAAGAAUUGUAACAAUACAGCACGGAGGGUGUUGGCAAGGCUUCAGUGAUGGGUCACAUCGCAUCACACACCAGAAGACACACUCUGGGGAGAAGCCCUAUGUCUGCAGGGAGUGUGGGCGAGGCUUUACCUGGAAGUCAGUUCUCAUUGCACACCAGAGGACACACUCAGGGGAGAAGCCCUAUGUCUGCAGGGAGUGUGGGCGAGGCUUUACCUGGAAGUCAGUUCUCAUUGCACACCAGAGGACACACUCAGGGGAGAAACCCUAUGUCUGCAGGGAGUGCGGGCGAGGCUUUACACAGCAGUCAAAUCUCAUCACACACCAGAGGACACACUCAGGGGAGAAGCCCUAUGUUUGCAGGGAGUGUGGGCAAGGCUUUACACAGCGGUCACAUCACCUCAGACACCAGGAGACACACUCAGGGGAGAAGCCUCAUGUCUGCAGGGAGUGUGGGCGAGGCUUUAUAUGGAAGUCAGUUCUCAUUGCACACCAGAGGACACACUUAGGGGAGAAGUCCUUUGUUUGCAGGGAGUGUGGGAGAGGCUUUACACGGAAGUCACAUCUCAUCACACACCAGAGGACACACUCAGGGGAGAAGCCCUAUGUUUGCAGGGAGUGUGGGCAAGGUUUUACACAGUGGUCAAACCUCAUCAGACACCAGAGGACACACUCAGGGGAGAAGCCCUAUGUUUGCAGGGAGUGUGGGCAAGGUUUUACAGGGAGGUCAAAUCUCAUCAGACACCAGAGGACACACUCAGGGGAGAAGCCCUAUGUUUGCAGGGAGUGUGGGCAAGGCUUUACACAGAGGUCAAAUCUCAUCAGACACCAGAGGACUCACUCAGGGGAGAAGCCCUUUGUUUGCAGGGAGUGUGGGCAAGGUUUUACAGGAAGGUCAAAUCUCAUCAGACACCAGAGGACUCACUCAGGAGAGAAGCCCUAUGUUUGCAGGGAGUGUGAGCAAGGUUUUACAGGGAGGUCAAAUCUCAUCAGACACCAGAGGACACACUCAGGGGAAAAGCACUAUGUUUGUAUAGAGUGUGGGCAACGCUUUACACAGAAGGCACAUCUCUUCAGACACCAGAGGACACAUUCUGGGUAGAAACCCUAUGUUUGCAGGUCAAGUGAAUAAAUCAUUACCCUUAAAUCACAUGUCAAUAGCCAUAAGUAGUCUACGGAACCUUAUUCUCCCCAAGAUUGUAAUUAGUACAGAAGUAACUGGUUAAACAAACCCUCCAGUUUCAUGACAACAGAUGAGAUGGACAAACAGUUCCAUAGUGAUAUGGGGAUGUCAGCACCAAUCUCAUUCCUGGUUUUUUGAUGUCCCAUCCUAAAAAGUUUUGUCUCCAUACAACUAUGAAACCCACAUCACUCAUUCCCCCCGUCACUGAAAGCAGUUUGGGAAGAGCCACAAAGAAGUCAUAGUCUCAGCCAACAGAAAUUCAACUACAAAUGCAUAAGUCUGGAGUCAAUCUACUGUGAUUACUUCCCAGAGAGAAGGAUUUGAGACAGACUCACCAGGAAAGGGAAUUCCCCAGACUCCUGGGAAGUGGGGUCUUUUCUCUUAAUAGGCUCCCUACCCUCCUCACUUAGUUUCUCUUGGCUCUUCUAGUUUCCUACAACCUCCGGAACCUCAGAGGUGAACGGCAGGGAGGGAUGUAUGCUUGUGCACGGAUGUGAGCCUGGCUCAGUCUGGACACCUGGUCUUUCUCACUCUCCUUGCUGCCCCUUCAGAGUCAGCAUUUCCUGGUGCACAGCACACAGAUUCCACACCAGUCCAUAGUGGGUGUUAGUCUCAGCUCUGUCUUCUCCAGCUGUGUGACCCAAGACAAGAUUCUCAACUUCUCUCUGCCUGCUUCCUAGUCUGUGCAAUGGAAAUGGGAACUCACUAGAAAGCAGAAGACCCCACUGCUUUCCCCACAUAGACUCAACUGCCCUGAGAAGGAAGCAUGAGGUUGGGGGUGUGCCUCCCUCCAGAUUACCACCUUCUCACUGAGCCUGGGCACCCUCAGAGCCUCCUCUACACAGGCAGGUGGUACUGAAAAUAACCUGUGAAAUUACCCUCACUCACCCCUUGCUGAGAACUGACACUGGGAACAGCAUCUACCUGCACUGGUAUGUUAGGAUAGAUGAUGACCCAAAACAGGGAGGAUGAGGAAGAUGUGUGUCACCCACUAACUCAGCAGUCCUGAGCCUGGUUCAGUUCUAUUGCCAGAUGAUCCAGCAUCACAAAAAAUACUAGGCUAACGUGUUCAAAUUUAGGUAUUGUUUCCACCAUCUCGGAAAGAAAGGCUUUGAAACUAUUCAUCCCAAGGCCUAGAAGAUGGGAGGGGGUCCACAGCACUCAUGGAAAGGACCCAUAAAACAACUUUGGUUAAUUGCUUGCCUCUGGACACUUAUGAGAGGGUCCCUAGUGCUUAUAGAAAGAGACCAUAGAUAACUGGGUAACUGCCGUAACUUUAACUGUCUCCUGUCAUGUAUCUGUUUUAUAAGAUGGCAAAAUGGGGUCUGAAACCAGAUAAGGAUUUGAGCUAAUGACCCCCACACAUACCUACGUUUCAGUAGUCUCAUCCCCCAUGGAAGCUGGUACCACUUUUACCCGUCAAUCAAUGUGGAACUUCUUUGCCCCCUUCCCACCAACUAUAUAAGUCCUCAGGACAAAGGAUCUGGUGCUCUUGCAACCCAAGUUCUUGGCUUUCACUCCCAUCUCAGCAAGACCUGUCCCCUUCCAUGAGAAUGUAUCACUGAUAAGCCCUGCUUGCACACCAAUACACUUGCUGAUCUGUAACCCUAUACUGUGUUGGCAAGAACGACCGAGUUUCUCCUGUGACAGGUGCACUCAAUCUGCAUAUGGCAUUCAUGAAGCCCACAAUGCAGGAGCCUCUAUAAUGCACCUUCCUUGUACCUGGGCCCCACAGGGCUUAAUACACCACUGACACCAUCUCGAAAUUAGUGCUUAUUGUAUCUUCAAAGUUGUGUUUGUGAUAUAAACCCUGAUGGGUUCAUGGAUAUGCACAAUGUUGGUCAUUCCUGGCCACCCAUUCCCAGGUAAUGUCCACAGUGGCCCAGGAGGACAAAAUUCCAGUGGACCCAAUGGGUGGUAGUUCAGCAAGACUCAAGGUGAGAACAGGGUAAACAUCUACAUCUGCAUAAACACAGGGAAGGGUGCUAACAGCUCCCAGAGGUCACACUUUUCUUAGAACCAGAGCUGAGUUCAAUACAGAGAGAUGACAAUUAGUGAGGACCCCAUCAAAUCCUCUCCUGCAUGAGGGACAUGACCUAAGCAUAACCCACCCUAUUCCUGCUGGAGUGGGUUCACCAAAGGGGGCCACCUACCCCCAUGACUUGGAACGAUGACCUUUCUGUCCUUCCAGUGCCAUGCUUAUGAAGAAGAGUGUCUACAUAAACUAUAUGGAUUUCAAUAAUAA